AUGUCUACUACUCAACUACGACCCAUUGAUAUAGUGGUAGUGAUUCAUAAUUUCACACCUACUAGCUCCAAUAUGCUACCUCUACAAUCGGGGUCGAUUAUAUAUGUAAUAGAAAAAAAUUCCAAUGGAUGGUGGGAUGGAGUCCAGCUAGUGGCUGGUACACAAUCUGGUUCUUUCUCACCAAAAUCAGGAUCAACUCAGAAAAUAAUAAGAGGUUGGUUUCCGGCCAAUUAUACUAAGCCUAUACCUAAGACGUCUAGAAGAAAAUCUACAUCAACAAACAAAAUAUAUUCGUCACAUAAUUCCUUAAGAUCAUCUUCAGUAUCAAUAUCUCAGAAUAAACAGAAUACUCCUGCUAAAAGAGCUGAAGAUAGCAUAAGACGAGAUGAUUUUCUAGAUCCCAAAUCUUACUCUAUAUCACAUUCUGUAUCAAAUUCUAAUUCAGACAAAAGUAAGACUAUAACCAUAAAUAAAGCUAUUCCGCCAUCGCCGACAAAUGAAAAAAUAUACUCACUGGAAGCUAUUAAGCAACUUAUAUCGGAAAAAAAUUCAGCAUUAUCUUCAUCUUUAGUAUGGACUCCUAUUCUUUCACCAGCAUCAGAUAAACUUAUUUACUAUAAUCAAGAUCUAGGUGUUUUCUGCGACCAAUUACCUUUGGUGUCAUUCAAUCAGGCUGGCACUUUAAAAACUGAUCCUCCAUCAUUUAAUGAUACCCUAGGUCUACCUCAGAAUAGCUCUUCCACUAAUACUAACUCUGACAAUCCAAAUAGCAACAAUACAUUAACCAGGCCUACUAAUAUUUUGCCUACCACAUCCAAGAAACAACCUAUAUUAUCAUCUUUUUUACGAAGCGGAAACAAAAAUACUGCUGUAGCUGGAAACAACUCUGGAUCUGGAUCUUCUACAUCCUCUAGUGCUCCUCAACGUAUAAUGUCCUGUUCAAUAAUCACACAAAGUGGGGAAGAAAACCAAAAUACACAAGUACUACCAAAAGACCUUUUUUACUUCCAUUCGUCGGAUAUUGUUACAUGGACAGCCUUGCGUGAUUCUUCAAUUUUUUAUUGUAAAAAGUCAUGGCUUCUGUUUUCUCAAAAUAACCCCAAAGAAUUUUUCAAAGCAUUAUCUAAAUUAUCAACAUACGCAACAUAUAUUCACCUAGCUUCCCAUUACUAUUAUUAUAAUUCUUACCCAUCGCAUCCCACUCUUAAGCUAGAUAUCAAACGACAUCUAAAGAAAAUUAUCUUAUUACUCUCCAAAAUAACAAUUUCUUCUUCUCUUUUUUUCAAUUCUGAUUUGUUUCAAGAUCCUUUCAUUAGUAGUUUAUCAGAUCGGAUAGAUACCGACUUUAAGAACUUACAAACAAUUAUCAGUUCAAUUUAUCAUAUCAUUAGAUCUAACACAACAUUUACUAAUCCAAACUCUCCUUUAACUGAAAAUACUGAUAUUUUACCACAAAUAUAUCCCAGAUUUUUCAAAAAUUCAUUUAAUGGUGGCUCAUGGUCAAAUCCAUUUGUUUCUACUAAUGAACCUAAUAUGCAUAGCAUUACAAGCAGUCUUUCUACAAACAAUACAAUUCCAACUGAUUCAUCAUCUGAAAUGAAAAACAAUAGGAUGAAAGUAUUGCUGUCAUCAUUUGCUUCUCCUUCAAAAAAGUUGUUUUUGAUGCAAAAUAAGAAUAUUACUAGAUUAAGAAGACCUCUAAAGGUAGAUCACUAUCCUCUAAAUCUCGAGACACUUCGUUUAUUACAAAAUUGUUCUGAUAGAAUUUCCUUAACCCUAAGUAAAUAUAAUAGUUCACGCCAAAAUUCCUUUAAAGGCCCAACUUCUAAAAGAAAAAAUUUAGAAAUUACCUCGACCAUUUAUGAUGAGAUUACAUCUAAUAUUCAAAUAUUAGACAUAUUAGAAAAUGUUGAUUUGUCUGUUUUUGUUAUUAUUAAAAGACUGAUAAAUAAACAGGAAUUUUCUGCUUCAGAAAAAGCAGAAUUUUCUAACUUAGAUCUCGAGACUGAGGAUUUCUUAAAACAUUACAUGGCAUCAAUUUCACCAAUACUGACAGAUUUCUUUGAUUCAAAGCAAGCGUUACAUGAUAUUUUUACUCGUUUAAUCCUGACAUCUCAAUCUCUCUCCUUAAGCGAUCCAUUUGUUUUUAAGUCUAUGAAACGUGAUGAUUUUCCAGAUCCUAUUAGCAUUCAUCCAUCUGAGGAUACUAUACCUUCAUUACCUCAAAGUUUAAUACCCAAAUAUGAAAGAAGUUCAUGGCGAUUGUAUGAUUACUUAAAGUUACAAGACGUUGAAAUUAAUGACAUUAGCUUUUUUAACACCUCAUCAGAAAUAAAGUACACAUUUGAACGGUAUUUGGAGUUAGUGAAUAUUUCAUGUAUUAUUAUCGAACAACUUAUUGAAGAAAGAGAAAACUUACUAAAUUAUCUAGCAAGAAUGAUGAAAAAUAAUAUCAUAACAGAGAUAUUAAGGAACGAAGAACAACUUCAAUUAAACAUUACUACUGUAUGUGAAGAAGAAAAACAAGAAUAUAAUAAUAACAAAAGUAAGAAGACUAAUAAUACUAAGAUUGAUGUUUCUAGUGCUUCUAACAGUAACGAAGAUAGCCAGUUGAAAUAUGAAGAAAAUAACAAAUAUGCUUUACGAGAAAUGAAUAUGCCAUGGUUUCUACGUUCGGAUCAUAUAACUGAAUUAGAAUUAUAUCAAAAUGGAAAAAUUAGAGGUGGUACAAAGGAUGCACUUAUUGAAUUUUUAACAUCACAUCAUGGCAUAGAUGAUGAAUUCGUUCAAAUAUUUUUAUUAACUUUUCGUAGUAUGCUAACCACGAUGGAAUUUUUUUACACAUUAAUUUAUCGUUAUAAUUUAUCCCCACCUGAAGGUCUAACAUAUGAAGAAUAUAAUAUAUGGAUGGAACAAAAAUUAACACCUAUCAAAAAAAAUGUUAUACAUAUUAUGCUUCUUUUUCUUUCAAAAUAUUGGACUCCUACUUAUUUUGAAACAGGCAUUUCUGCAUUGUUAAAUUUUGUAAACUUUGCAAUUUCUGAAUCUAUACCUGAAUCCCGGGAGUUAUUAAAACUCAUUAAAACCAUCAUAAUGAAAAGAAAGUUGCAGGAAAAACCAAAUAAUUCAUCUGAAAAUUCAUCUAGGUCAUCCUUUGAUUCUUGUGUGCCAUCUGAUUCGGGCAAGGCUUCAAUCACCACAAUUAAUAGUAGAGUUCAUAAUGAAAAGUCAUUAUCGAUAGACAGUGCUAUUAAAGAAAAGCUAGAACCUGGUGCUCAUGCAAACACUACCACACUUUUCAGGCUUAAAAAAAUCAAAUUAUUGGAUGUUGAUCCGUAUCUUUAUGCUACACAAAUAACUAUUAUUGAACAAGAAUUAUUCUUAAAGAUCACACCUUUUGAAUGUUUAGAUAGAAUAUGGAACAACAAAUUUGGAUCUCUGGGCGGUUCGGAGCACAUAACCAACUUCAUAGCAAAUUCAAAUCUUCUAACUAAUUAUGUGUCAUACUCAAUUGUAAGUACUCAUGAUAUUAAGAAAAGAGGACGUAUAAUUCAGUUUUUUGUCACUGUUGCUCAAUUUUGUAGAGAAUUGAAGAAUUUUUCAUCCAUGACAGCAAUCAUAUCUGCAUUAUAUUCAUCUCCUAUCUUUCGUUUGAAGAAAACAUGGGACAUAAUUCCACAAUAUGUGAGAGACUCGUUAGCAUCUUUAAAUCGUUUAAUGGAUUCCACUAAGAAUUUUAUUAAUUAUAGAAAAUUAUUACAAUCUGUGUCAAAUGUUCCUUGCAUUCCAUUCUUUGGUGUCUUUUUAUCAGACUUAACUUUUACUUUUGCUGGUAAUCCUUUAUAUCUUCACCAUGGAACUACAGUAAUAAAUUUUUGUAAGAGAGCUAGAAUAGCAAAUAUUCUAUUAUCUAUACAGAAGUUUCAAGAAUUGGCAUAUGAUCUAAAAAAAUCUAUUGAUAUCACCUCAUAUAUUGAAUCAUCUAUGCUAGAUAUACCCCAUAUUGAUAAGCAAUAUGAAUUAUCAUUGGAAAUCGAACCUAGAGAGAAGACCACUUCGAAAGUAGAGCCCAAUGAGAAAGUAAGUCGUCAUCACACUAACAACACUAGCAGUGAGCGUAAUGGUACAAUCUUACGGUUUGGCAGAAAGAAGCAAACUUCAAGGUUAUUUAGUAAAGUGGAAUAA